AUGAUGAUGUCAAUUCCAAGUUUUCGGGACUUGGCAAAACUGAGGAGGAGUGCUGAUAAUAAGAGAGGAGGUGAGUAUAGUUUACCAAUAUCAAGAACUGGUUCUGAAGCGACCCUUUCAAAACAUGAUAAGUUCAUAGCCAAGAAGAAAAACUUCAAGUUCAGAAAACUGGCAACUGGAGCCAUAAUAGUCAUUGUUAUUGUGUCUAUAUUCUUGGUGUUCUUCAACAUUGAAGUAAGCCCGAUAUCAUUGCCUUCUUCAUUUUACCACAAGGAGUACCUACCUUUUGAAUUUAAGGAUGCCGCUUAUCACAGUUUUGACUUUGAAGAUAUUGACAUGGAUAUUGUCUCAAAAUUUGACCAAGGUAUAAUGAAUUAUCUAAUAUCCGAGUAUGGUACUGAAAAUCCUUCAGAAAGUGACUUAGCAGAAUAUAAUGAUAACUUACAAAUGCUGCUAGAUUCUACAGUAGAGAAGUAUGAUUUAGGGAACUUCCAAGGAUCAGCUGAUGGAUUUGAACAACAAGAGCACAUUCUAGUUUGUGUGCCAUUGAGAGAUGCAGAAGAAGUCUUGCCACUUAUGUUUAAAAACUUAAUGAACUUGACCUAUCCACACGAAUUGAUAGAUUUAGCAUUUUUGGUCAGUGAUUGCUCUGAAGGUGACAAAACACUCGAAGCAUUGGAAACAUAUUCACAGUUACUACAGGAGGGUAUUCUUCCUGAUAUCUUGGCCGACAUGGAUAACUACAACAAGGGUAAGAGCAAUGAAAGUAUACAUUUGAAAUACAUGGAGCCUGAUUACCUAAAGCGGGUAAAGGCUGCCUAUAAGCCACCUUUCCAUCCAAACUAUUCCAAGCCUUUCCGUUCAGUUCAGAUUUUCCAGAAGGAUUUCGGACAAGUUAUUGGUCAAGGUUUUAGUGAUAGGCAUGCUGUGAAGGUUCAAGGUAUUAGAAGAAAGCUUAUGGGCAGAGCCAGAAACUGGUUAAUGUCGAAUGCCUUGAAGCCUUAUCAUUCAUGGGUCUAUUGGAGAGAUGCUGAUGUCGAACUAUGUCCCGGUAGUGUUAUUGAAGAUCUAAUGCUACAGGAUUACGAUGUCAUAGUUCCAAAUGUAUGGCGUCCAUUACCUAAGUUUUUGAAUUCUGCUCAACCAUAUGACCUGAAUUCUUGGAUGGAAUCUAAUGAAGCUCUACAGUUAGCUAAGACUCUUGAUGAGGAUGACGUUAUUGUAGAAGGUUAUGCUGAGUAUCCAACAUAUAGAGUGCACCUAGCAUAUAUACGUGAAGAGGAUGGUGAUCCUACUCAAGUUGUGGAUCUUGAUGGUGUUGGUGGUGUAUCUAUCUUGGCGAGAGCAAGAGUAUUUAGAGAGGGUGUUCAUUUCAGUGCGUUUACUUUUGAAAAUCAUGCCGAGACAGAAGCAUUUGGUAAAAUGGCGAAGAAGGUUGGCUUCCGUGUUGGAGGUCUGCCUCAUUAUACUCUAUGGCAUAUUUAUGAACCUAGUGAUGAUGACCUGUUAGCAAUGGCAAAAUUGGAAAAGGGCAAGUGA